AGAUCAACAAUUGUGGGAUAACGCUUGGUCCGCGGGCAGCUCGAGGGGCGCAGAAACCCCACCUUGAUACAAAGUGGCCUGAAUUAGUGCAUUUUCGUUGUUCCAUUCUGCGUUUCACCCUGUUUUGCAGCGUGGCGGUGUUGAGAGAGCGCAGCAGAGAUGAACAGUAAAGACAGGUGAAUCGCAUGUUGUGUAUCCAGGCGUGUUUGUAGUGAAACGAGAUCCAGCCUCGAGAUUUGAUUGCAGUAGGUGGUUCUCUCACAGCGCGGUAUUGUACAGAGUGUUUCAGUACCAGAGCUGCAGCCAGCCGGGAGCAGCGGGCAAGAUUGUACUUCAAAUCAGUCGGAUUAUUAAACCCACGGCAACAAUUGAAAUAUUGAGGGGCCGUUCUCGUUUUGUUUGGAGGAGGUUCCUGCACCCUGCGGGGAUGUUUAACUGGAGUAGUAGGGUUUCUAUUACGCUGGCAUCGCCGUGCGCCUCGGUAGGAGCAGUUUACUCUAACUUUGGGCUGGAGGUGGUUCGCUUCUCGCGGAGCUCGGAGAGAGAGAGACCAGUGCCGGCUCAUGUAGCCUAACCUAAAGCCCGCUACUAAACCUGAGACAGUUGGACAGCAUCUCGGCGCAAAACGGACAUACAAUUCCAAACGCAACCGGUUUCUUUUAGCGCUUGACAACAUCUGUAUAUUUUUGGUACUUCCAAACAUGAGGAUUUUUGAAGACAUUUAAUUACGAGUAUAUCUUUAGGCUAUUUGGGGAAUUUAUUUCCGAAUAGUUUUAUUUGUCUUUUUUAUUAUACACAUCUGUUUUAUUUUAAUCUCUCAUGAACUUUGUUUUUCACGUUUUGGAAACAUGUUCUAACCCCUGCAUUUGUUUUGGGAACAAGAGCGCUCCUUGACGCGACAUGAGGACUGUCGCCUGGCUGUCCGCACCGCAUUGUCAUUGUAAUUUUCAUGUGUCAUGUCGAUUGUCGGAUGCAGGAGGACACGGGAUGUCGUUUAGCAUUUUGACAAACUGAAGGUUAUGGGCUGGAACAAAACCAACUGAAGAACGCUAUAGUAGCCUGAAUGGGGGCAAUUAUGCUGGAGUCCCAUAUAUUCUAGGGGUUUCAUUCGCACACCAACCCAUGGGGAUAUAAAUAUAUAUAUAUAUUCUAGCAUACCAUUUUCUUUUUUACGUAUUCCUUCUUUUUUUACUGGACCAAUUUUAGGAUGAUGAUGUAUUGCUGCUCGAGCGCCUUGGAACUUUCUAUUAAGUUCACCUGCAGCUUUUUAUUCGUGUUUUUACUGUUCCAAAUGCCACAGUCCUCCUCGCCUUUAAUUACAGGUACAGAAGCCAGCUGCGAGAACGAAGGAGAGGUGCUCCACAUACCCAACAUAACGGACAACCCGUGUAUCACCUGCGUCUGUCUGAAGGGGAAGGCAGACUGUAAACAGGAGAAGUGUCCCCUGGUGUCUGAGGACUGUGCUCUGGUGGUCAAGCAGACGGGAGCCUGCUGUGAGAGAUGCAAAGGUUGUCAGCUAGAUGGAGAGUCCUAUAAAAGUUCUGUCUCCUGGACCAGCUCCCUCAAGCCCUGCAUCUCUCGCCGCUGUCAGGAAGGUGUGGUAACUGAAGCGGAAGCACAAUGUGUCGUCCACUGCAGGAACCCCAAGAUUCACCCCAAGAAGUGCUGUCCAACGUGCCCGAGCUGUAUCUUGGAGGGCCGUCUGUACAAAGAGAGGGAAGAGUUUCACCCUGAGGGAGAACCCUGUAUUAAAUGCACCUGCACUGGAGGCCGGACCCUCUGCGUCAGGGAUGUGUGUCCUGUCCUCUCAUGCCCCGCCCACCUGAGCCACACUCAGCCCGGACAGUGCUGUCCCAAGUGCCUCGGCCAGAGGAAAGUGUUUGACCUGUCGAUGGGGAGUUGUCUGUUCCACAGUGAGGUCUAUGAGGACGGCACCACUUUCAAGCACGACAACUGCACCACCUGUACCUGCAAGAAUUCCACUGUGGUGUGCAGGAAGCGCUGCUCUCGGCCGGGCAGUUGCCAUGGUGACCAGUGCUGUGAGGCGUGUCUGUCCUUUGUGAAGGUAGAGGAAGUGAAGUACUGCCGGGUCAGGAACAAGAUCUACCGGGAGGGAGACAUGUGGUCGUCUGUGAACUGCACCCUGUGUGCCUGUGUCAAGGGGGCCAUCGAGUGCCAGCCAAAGCAGUGUGUGCCAAUCACCAGCUGCCCCUCGAAUAAGAUCCUGAACAGGACAGGUUGCUGCCCGGUUUGCACUGAAAAGCCAGGCGUGUGCACUGUAUUCGGCGACCCCCACUACAACACCUUCGACGGGCGCACAUUUAACUUCCAAGGAACCUGCCAGUAUGUUCUAACUCGAGACUGUGGUGGCGCCCCCUCUGGCGGGGGUGGAAACAGCGCCGGCUCUGACUCUGGCUUCACGGUUGUGGUGAGGAACGAUGCGAGGCGAACCCGCUCCUACUCCUGGACCCAGUCAGUGGAGCUGAGGAUAGGAGGGCUGAGUCUCAGCCUGCACCAGCACCUAACGGUGAGGAGGAACGGCACGCGCAUCGCCCUGCCCUACCAUGGCCCUGGGGUCCACAUCGACCUGGAUGGAUACCUGCUCAAACUCACCACCAUCGCAGGUCUGGAGAUCACGUGGGACGGGGACAGCUUCGUGGAGGUGGUGGCUGCUCCUCACCUGCGCGGUCGACUCUGCGGCCUCUGUGGGAACUACAAUGGACACAAGCGGGAUGACACCAUGGGCAGCGACGGCCUCUUCAAGUUCGUGGUGGAUGAGUUUGCAGAGUCGUGGCGAGUGGAGGGGAAUGAGGUUUGUGCCCAGCCCCUCAGGAGGCCCACCUCGUACCUCUGUCCCGGCAGUGUAAAGGUCAGGUUCCGCGCUCACAGGGAGUGUCAGAAGCUCAAGUCCUGGGAGUUCCAGAAGUGUCACCGGGUGGUGGACUUUGCCUCCUUCUAUAGGUCCUGUGUAACAGACAUGUGUGAGUGUCCGGUGCAUAAGAACUGUUACUGUGAGUCCUUCAUCGCCUACAGCCGGGCCUGUGAGAGGGAGGGAGCCCCCUUCUACUGGAAGCCAGAGGCUGCCUGCAUGGCCACCCAGUGUAAACACGGAGCGGUGUACGACACCUGUGGCCCAGGCUGCACCAAGACCUGUGACAACUGGAACGAGAUCGGGCCCUGCCACAAGCCCUGCAUGGCCGGCUGCCACUGCCCAGCCAACCUGGUGCUGUUCCAGGGCCGCUGCAUCAAGCCCACAGCCUGCCCUGGCCGGUGACCCUAGUGCCCCAGGGGAAGGGGGCUGAGAGAGGGCCAAACAACCAACACUGCCUAGCACUCAGGGUCCAUACCUGAGGAAGGGAGGAGUGGGGGGGACAUGGGGGUGAUUCAUGGAUUUGCAGACAGGCAAAGAUGGACUGAAGGGAUUCUCAGAAGACAGGUGGGUCAGAUAGAGGCCUCGUCCACUCUGAGAGAGAUAGAUACCGGCCAUCACAGACUGGGGUUUGGAACUCCGCUAUCUUACUCGUCCAGCACUACCUUGUGUUUCCACAGGAUGGCGCCCAUGUUGUCAUUCAAAUGGCAUAGGAAUCUGGAGGGAAACAUCACCCUUGUAGUUAAAAGAGGAAGAGAACCUUUGGGAAAGCCUUUGUGGCUACGCUUCUUUAGUUACUGGACACUCAAGGGACAUCCAUCCAGACUGCCAUGGACCUUCAGGAAAAGGGUGGGGCUGGCUCUGUGUUGAGCCAAUAUGGCCUCAGUGUUUCACUCUGUUGCAGCACACAGACAUUCAAAAUCAGGAAACCAACCAAUGCAUCUUGAACAAGCAUGUUCACCCUGCCAGCAUAAGGGAUAAGCUCUACGAUGAACAUAUUUAACAACGCCCAGGUCUCACUUGCAUAAGAUUAUUUUAUACUGUAAACUAACAAGAUUUGUAAAAAAACAGAUAGCUUUUUGUAUUAUUUUCAUUUGUUUGUUGUUAAUAUUGUUAAUUUAUAUAGCGAUCAAUUGAUAUGUUGUAGCAAGAGCCAGAAUCAUAAAUCUAAUUUUGUUAUAAAUGAUUUAAAGGGAAAAAAAGCUUUUUAUGCGUUUGUGUAAUUGUGUCUUGUGUGAAGAGAAAUGCCUAAAUGUGACUUGGUUGUUGCAUCAUCGCAGGGAAGAAACGUACUGUAUGUUUAAAUGCUCAGUGUGCAGGUUGUUGUGUGUUGAUUCUCAAACUGAAGGUGUUCCUCAAGACGUACAUUUCACUUGACCUUGUAAGUUAAUAUUUAAGACCAGCAAUAUAUCAUUUCCAUGAAACUCA